AUACAUAUGUAUGUACACAUCUAAAUGUAGGUAUGUAUGUGUGUAAAGUCAUUUAAAAAUUUGACAAAAAUAACGCAAUUGCUGUGGUGACGCGGCAAGCAGCGAAAAGCGCAGCCAAAAGCUCCCCCUUGGAGAAGUGCAAACGGGCGCAAAUUACGCGGCCACAUUGAAUGGAAAAUUAGAAUCCGCGGCCAAAUUAAAAAUACGAGUAAAAAUAAAUUUAUUUGUGUGGAACUGAUGAAGAAACGACACGGCACAUUUGCUUAAAUACAUAAAUUAAUAUUCAUAAAUACAUAUCUACAUGCAUAUAUACAAAUAUACGCUUCAGAAAUAACAAGUCGUUGGUCGGAAGUGUGCAAAUAAUCGUGUGAAUAUACAUACAUAUAUCGAAUACAGAAUAAUACAUAACAAUCCGGUAAUUUUGUGUUUAAGCGUGUGUGUGUGUGUGUGCAAUUCCAACACCACCUGCAAGUGUUAGUAUCAAUUUUUUGACACUGCCCAACUGGCAUGAUGGAGGAGCAAAAGGAGGAGAAGAAACAGCGAAAGCGCAACGGCAAGCCUCGCCGACCUAAACACCAUCCCUGGGACGAAGUGUCAUUACCCGGUGCUGGAACUAGUCCAACCGAGCAGCAGCAAACUAUACUUGAAGUGAUCAACAACAAACACACACAGCCGCAAGCAACAGAAGAGGGAUCGCCAGCAGAGGCCGCAUCGCAAUCUGCAGCAGUAUCGAGCCCUGCAAUAACGGUUACAGCCGCUCCAAGUGGUACAGUCAAUGCGCCGGUGUAUGUAGAGAAGUCGUCAACGGAAGUGGAUACCUCGGACACAGCGGGGGCCAACGAUGAUGAUCUAGUCAGCAGCAAACAUAGUCUAACUAACAACGAAACUAGUUGUAGCAACGAAAGUGCAACGAGCCAAAUACCUAAUUCGACCGAAAGGGGCGACACAGAAGCGACGAAAGAAACUAUUUCACCACCGCCAACCGUUGCGAGACAAUGCAGCAGUAAUAGCGGAAGUGCCGAUCAGGGUCAUGUACUUGAUAUUGAAUCUCAUUUAAUAGAGACAUACGACGAGUAUCAAACACCUGACGACAGUGUUGGUAUAAACGAAUUGCCGCCUCAGCAAGAUGAAUUGAUACGAGGUUCGUCGAAAAUUGAGACGGAAGCGAAUUUGCGGACGGUAAUCGAAGUGGAACCGGCGGGCGCAAUAUCAAAAAAACCUAUUGAGUCUGUGGUGCAGACGAGACAAGCGCAGCGAAUUGCUGAAGCCGAAUCAAAAAGCGAAACGAAAACUCUGAUCGAAACGGCGACCGUGCCAGAACCGGAGGCGGCGGAACGUAUAGAACCGUCUGUGGCUAGCGACGCGAUUAAAGAGGCCGCCGAGAGGCUAGUGAAUGAAAUAGAACGUGAGGUGUUGGAGGCACUGCAAAAGUGCGAAGCAAAAAACGAACUUAAAGCUAACGCUGGAGCUAAUAAAUCCACGGAGGUAAAAACUGAGACCUCCACGGCGGAAAUACUUUACCGAAAAGAAAAAGAAGAAAAGACUGAACAAACCACUUCAUUACUAGACGAAAUAAGCAACUCACUGUCACAAAAGGUCGAUGCACAGUUGUCGGAAGUAACGAGCAUACUCAAGUCAUCGAAACCGAGCCACGCCACCACACAAUUGAGGAGCGACAGCAACGGUGAAGCCUUAAAAGUUGACGUCGAUCAAACGAAACCAAACGAGCUUAAAAUUGUGAACGUGCCUUCACCGAAAACACCGUCGGACGUACAGGACCGUAAGCUGUUUUUGGAGUCUUUGCCGCACAUCGAUAGCAACGCAGAGGCGCAGAAACUUGCCGACGAUUGCAAGCGCGAAUACUAUCAGUCACUGAAGAAGUACCUUAUACAGAGCCACACUGACCGACCACCAGUACCACUGCAGACAUAUCGGUGGGAGGAUCUACGGCGCGCAAAAGAUCGGGGCGGUUAUCCUUGGACACACCUGUACAAACGUCCGCUUGGACCAGACGAGGAGCCGGAAAUUGUGCUACUCUUGCGAAAGUCACAAGAAUUUCGCUUUGUUUCAGAGUCUCCUAAGUCAUUGAAGAAGGUUCGCAUUGACGAGCAAGUUGUUGUGAAGCAACCCGAGCGGUAUAUACAAGAGCUUUCCGAAGGCGAAGAAGACUAUCUGCAAUCGGCGCCCGAAGACGAGGAAACGCACAGCUUGCGCAGCGAAAGCAUUUCUUGUGUCUCUGACUCUAUACUCGCAACUGGCAGGCCCAGAAAGCCCACUCGGUUGGAUAAAAUUCGCGGUUAUCUCCGACGUCGUAAGGGUGGACGCUCGAACGAAGACGCACAAUCACUGCCUUGCGCGUCGACCAGCAGUAGUCGACACCAUAGCCAGGAAAAUAUACCGCAACCUAACCCCCAGAUACUUGUUAACGGUAAGAAUACAGAACAGAAGCAUUGCUACCCCAUAAUGAAGAAGUUGAAAAGCAUGGCGGACCGCCAAAAGAAACGGCUCAAUAUACGGCGUAUUCAUUUGGGCAAGGACGAGAAGAUUGUGCUAGGGGAAGAAACGAAAAUUCUCAAAUUAAAGAAGUCUCCAAAAGCAGAACGUGGCGAAAUACCUCACUUCAUAGAGAAACAAGAUUCGGACGAUGUACUGGAAAUGGAAAUAAUGGAGCUAGACGAGUCACCAAGUCGAAAGCGCAGGGAUGAUGGCAGACAAGAAGAAGAAAAUUCCUCUCAUCAUGCGGAUCAACCAAUGGAUACAAAUGAGUCGGAGGCAGCUGGCAUUGUUGUGCCCGAUGAGAUAAUCGAAAUUCCCGAUUCGUUAAAAGAUGGCAGAGCCACGCCAACUAUCAGCACUGCAUCCACCGCAAACGAGCCAGAUGUAACAGCAGACGUAAGUGAGAGCAUAUCUACUCCGCCGACUGAGGUUGUGGCGACUUCUGCCCCAGCGCCAAGGAAAGCCCCACGUCUGCGACGAGAACACGUCUAUGAAGAAAUAGAGUCGGAGGUGCAGGCGGAAGCUUUGGCUCAGCCUGCGGCUGGAGACGCUAAUAUACUGCCGCUAGGGGCUGUUGAGGCACUUAAACAAUCAUUGGCCAAGCAAGACAGCUCAACAUUAAGGCAUAUUGAAGAAGGAGCAAAGUCUCUGCCACUUGAUCGAAUGGGCAGCAGUGAGGAGGAGCAAAUUGCAGGCGCCGCCGCUGCUGGAACGUCAGCCAUUGAUAAGCCAGCCAUGAGUUUGCUCGCGCCGCUCUCAUCCAUCGACUCUGCCUCAUCGGACGAGGAUCGGAAUCGCACUCAACUAUCCCCAGUAAUGGAAGAAAGUGAUGCGGCUAGUGGGGAUACUAAUCUUCGCAUCGUCGAAGAUCACGAGCCAUUAGAUCUAAAGCCAGCUAUUAAGAAGGAGCCAUCACCAGCUCCGUCCGACAAAAAGGUAACCUUCUCGCAUGUUGAGGACGAAGCAGAGCCCCAUCGAGAGGACAUCGAAUUGCCAACGGAAGUGCAAGAGGCCACGCAGGAGGCCGCUCAGCGAAAGAAAUGGACGAAGAUGAGUGAUCAUGAGUACGAACCGAUCGCAUCGCCGUCAGAUAGUGGGAAUGCCUCUGCGCCGUCGGAGCAAUUAAAUCUGUCACGGAAUAUUGCAAUGCUACACGAGGAAAUCAGAGACGCAGAAGAUCUUCAACAAGAUUUGGAAGAACGUUAUUUGAGCUCUGAAGCCACAACACCUCGUACAGAGUCGCGUACGGAUUAUGAAAUACACACUAGUCAAGUGGAUUCAAGUGCCUUGGAAGAGCUGCCGCUGAAGCCAGAAAACCGUAAAAAGGGUUUCAUGGCCAGCGCGCAGGAUCGUACUCGCAAAAUGCAGGCCGGCAUAAAGACCCAGGCUGGAAGAAUUAAAACAAAGUUGCGCACGCCUGCAAAGAAACCAGCCUCGUCAAGUCCCAAAGCUAAGGAACGCAAGCGCUUCAAAGCACCCGAGUUCUCGAAAAUUAAAAUGCCGGAAAUAAAACGUCCCGAUAUGUCGAAACUUAAAGACUUCAAACGUCCCGAAUUCACGAAGUUCAACAAACCAGACAUGUCGAAAUUUAAACUACCCGACAAAUUUUCGACCCUUAAGCUUAGAAGAAGUAAGUCUUUUAAGGAAAACGAAGGCCAAGAUGAAGAGAUGGAGGCAGACGCUGGGAAUGCUGCGCAGCCGCAGCCGCAGAAACGAAUGUUCGAUUUCAAUUUCGGCACAUAUCCAAGAGCGUUCCGCAAGAAGAAGCCUGUAGAGUCGCAAGCAUCACUGGGAACUGAAACUGCCACCGAAGGGGUCAGCGUCAUUCCGAGCACUGAAACACAACCAUCGCUGGAAUCCUCCAGCUCGCCGCAAGGUGAUCGAGGUCCGGGGCCUGUGCGCUCGCGUUGGGCAGACAAAUUUUCAGAUGUUAGCUAUAAUGACAGCGAGGGCUCCCGCUACCGUCGGUACGGUAGUGAGCAAGAAAGCUUCGACCGAGAAUCAUCACUGGAACGGCGAAUGAAGGACGAUUUGGAGGAAACUGAGAGCGAACAGCAGGAGUUGGGAAUAAUGGGCGGAGUUGCUGAUACAAAGCAGUUCGCUGAAUUUGAUGAGGAAAACCGCGCAAUUCAUGAAAUAUCCAAGAUGCGUGCCGGCGAAUUCAGAAGGCGCCCCAUAGUCCAUCAAGAUUCCGAUUUGCGGUCUGAAGACAGUAAAGAAGUAGAGGGGUGGACAGAGAAGGAAAUUGAAAAGAAUAAACUGCUUCGCAAAGCUGAGUUGGAGGCAGAAGCGAGCUAUCUGAAAUAUCCGCUUGAAGACGGAUUGCCACAGGAAACCCAGUCAACUUCUAGCUCCGGCAAAAAGGUCGUAAUGGAGGAAAUCGACGACGACGAAUUUUUCCUACGCAAGCGAGGCGUCUCCGAAGAUAACAUCGAACUGCGGCAGUACAUAAGUAAUGCGAUACGUGAGGGCUACGACAGACCAAUAAACACCUUAGAUCAUGUAGGACAACACAGUGAGCGAAUGGAGUAUAGGGAUUACGAUAUUCCACCACCGAAACCGAAGCGCCUGCACAAAAGUUACGGACCACAGGACAUAUCUCAAGAUCUCGAGUCCCAACGCAGCGAAUACGGCGACGAAUUGUCACUGUCUCAAAACGGCAGUGAUUUCUAUAGUGCACCCAAGCGACCAUUGCGAAAGGGACGCAGUCGCAGCAAAUACUCAAUGGACAGCCAAGACUUUCCCGUUGCCGAGAACUUACGUCAUGAACCUUAUUUCGAUGAUGACGAGGAGUAUCUGCGUCCUCCACGCAACAGCUACAAAGACAAUGAGGAGGCAGAAAUGAACGACUUGAACAUAGUCGGCAAACAAGUCUUCCCAGGGGAACCGAAGGGUGUCAACGAAGGAGCGCCGGCACCACUAGCUCCACGGCGCCGAAAGCGUGAUACACGUGACAACUCGAUGGACAAGGAUUCGUACAUAAAUGGUUUCGGUGGUCGAUCGGUUUCUAAUAGCCGUUUACAGCCAACCGAAGAUGUAAUAGUUUAUCGCACUGAGCACGAAUAUCCUAUUUCCCUUACUUCGCCUGAAAAACUCGCAUCAACGUUGGAGGAUCGAAAAUCCAGACCAAUUUCUAGGUAUGACGAAGACGAUCGGACUUCCCGGGGAGCCGAGUCAUUGGGAUUUGAUGAACAAGGCGAAUCCCAAGCAGACCAACGGUCGAGCGAUGGAAAGGACAAGUACAUUAUCGAUAUGAUGGAGAAUGAUGGCUACGCAAUCGUACGGAAGGAACACUUGCCAAAGCCAACGCCACCAGCUCGCAGGAAGAAGUUCUCAAGGUCACCCGGGGAGCGCUUCACCACCAUACCCAGUGCUGGAGCUGGCAAGAGCGGCACACCGCCGCCACCCGAGCGGCCGCCCCCACCACGCGCAUACACGCCGUCCACAAUGGAGGAGGAACCAGUGCCGCCACGUCGAAGAUCAACUGCUAGUGUAGAUAUAGCGGCAGCGUCCCAAAUACUGGACGAUGAUUAUGAAGAGCCGGAAGCGUUGCAGCAGGAACGCCCUGAAUCUCCACGAGACUUACAAUCUGGCGAGAUUAUAAAUAAAAUGAAAUUCAGACCGCUGCCACCUCCACCACGCCCACCCCGCGAAAAACGUCAACGAGCCGAAUCGAAGAGUUCAGCGCAUAGCGCUUUCAACGCGCUAUACAAUCGCGAGAUUGCUGACGAACAAAUUGCCACAUCUUCCACGGCGGAAAGUUACGAUCCGACCGACGUCGAUUUGGAGGAGGAGGAAACACGCCUACCUGAGGUUGAGGUUUCAACUCAGACCGACCCCUUGCCGGACGAUUUCGAAUGUGAGGAAUUCGAAAUCACCGAAGAUAUGAGAAUAAUCGAGCCGCGUAUAAAUAGUAUGAGAAAAACUUUGGAUGAGCUAUUAAGGGAAGAGGAGUUGAAAGCCAAAGAAUCUGAAGAGGCGCAACCUCAGCUCACUGAAGAAGAGCAAUUAGCACGGGGACUGCAAAGAUUCCGCGAUGCCAACCAACGAAGCAUUUCAGAGCGAUCGCGCGCCUCUUCGCAGGCGGACCACUCCAAAUCUCAAAGUCGGCCACAAACCCCCUCUGCCGUUGUUAUCGAAAGACGCGUUUCGACGCCGAUACCCAGCCAACAGAGUGAAUCGAUGCUGGAGGCAUCGUUGAUUGUACGACCAAUUGAUGAUCUAGAUUUGGAGGAAGAAGCAUUACGGAGGGAAGGUCUGCUCACGGAUAGCUCGCAGCAAAGCAAGUCCGAUGUGGAGGCAACGUCGCAUGACGAAGAAGAGUCGAAACUGGCCGUUAGCGACUAUUCUAGAGGCCCAAGCUCUGAAGAGCUAAAUGCUGCACUUGAUGAGCUACGCGCUCAAGGUGGCAGCAGCAACUAUGGAGAAGAUAAAGGAGAAAGUGUGGAGGGCGAGCUAAACGAUUUUGAUUACGAUGAAAAGAUGUCAGACAUAGAUAUACCCGCUUAUGACUACACCACCAAUUACCUGGGAGAGGAAACGUCUGAGAAAGAUAAUAAGGAAGAGAAAAGUGUCAGAAACGAAUACCUAUCUGAAACUGAGGAAAUAGAAGCAACGCUAAGUACGUCUGAAGACGAUCAAAGACGCGAGAUCCGAGACGAAAUCUCAGUAGCGCCACCAUCUGCGUCUGAAGAUGAACAAAAAAGCGAGAUCAGAGACGAACUCAGGGUAGAAGAAAGUACUGAAGAACAAAAGAACGAAUCUCAAGAGAUUGGGGAAGACCUCCAAAGCCCUAGAGAUGAGGCGCUUGAAGCAGUUCGAAUGGAUCACACACGAGAAGAAGAAAUUGUUGAAGAGCCACCCUUGCCACCACCUCGCCGCAAGUCAACAACACUUGACAUCCCGCCGGCACUUACUUUAGUGGAAGAGCUAUCGAAGGAAUUGACUCCUGUGCCUUCGUCAACAGCUGCCGUCCCGAUUCCAAUGCAACCUGAACUACCUGCGCACAUAGGGGAUCUUGAAGUCGAGCGUUUACGUGUACAUGCACUUCAAGCUGGCCAAAUUAUGGUUUCACAGCUCCAUGGCACGCAAAUAUCGGCCGAAGAACUCGAAUGCAAAUCGGGAAAUUUAAUUGUGAAGAACAUCGCUUUGCCGGAAGGCUUCAUUGAAGAUAUUGUAGAGCGCGUGCGCACCACCGACCGUCAGCAUUUGCUAACCGCUGAAACACAGACCAGUUUGCAAGCAAGUAGCGAAGCAUUGGCUACGGAAGGCAGAUCUCCGCUAAGGGAAAUAGUGCCGCCACCAAAACCACCACGACAGCGCGACUUGGGAGCAGCGAAGCAAACGGUCGAUACUUCCGAAGAAAUCGUCUUACAGCAACUCAGAAACUACGACGAAGAAACACAAACUGACCCAGUAUCAUUCUCAGCUAAUGCGAACAUCCCACCACCACCACCGCCAGUAUAUACCACGACCGAGUAUCUACAAUCAUUGCCGCCAAUAGGUUUCUAUAACCUGCGUCGGGGCGACGAGCAGCCAUACGGCAGCAGUGCCGAUGGCAAUGAAGUCGCUCAACACCGGAGACAUCACCACCAUCAUCGCCAUCAUCGCAGAUGCGACUCAUCCUGUUCGGAAUGCGAAGACGACGACGAAUUGGCUGAGCGAGAGGAAACGCGCUCUCGCUCGCACAGCCGGCGUUCGCGCAGCAGCACACGUCCACCUGUUGAGCCACAAACCGUGGCAAAAGCAGGCAAACAAUUUGUGUCCGCUUGCAGCUUGUCGAUUGUGCAAAUGAUAAACCGUCUGACGGCCGCGAUUCGAGGCGGCGAUCCGGACAAAAAUGUGCAAGCGCAGGUUCACCAUAUCCCCACACUGGUGGCCCUUUUUGUUGUCAUAUCUUUUACACUGAUCGUGUACAUGCUGUCGGGCAGAAAUGUGCACACCCACCACUGGGACUUUUUCAACCCUCCAGGGAGUGGGCCACGACAAUCGUAGAAUUGCAUAGCUCAAAUAUUUUUAGUUCCUUUUUUCCAGACGUCGAAUGGGUCGAAUGACCACGCGAAGCCAGUGAUAGAGAGUUAUUUGUAUUUGAUGUUUUGCGGGAAAUUGAUUAUAAUUAGGAAAUGUUUUGAAGCAUCGUGGUCGAGCGCUCAAACUUAUGUUAAUGCCGCUGCGCUGAGAUCGACUUUGUGCCGAUUGCGAUAGAAAAUAGCAGCUGGGUAUUUCAGUUUCGGAAGAAAGCAACGAAGAAAUACAUAAAUAUUCAAAGUAUGUAAUUAUUUUGUACGAAAAUUUAACGAAGGAGUUUGUAGAAUAAAAUUAACAAAUAUCUACUUGUAUCAUGUUAAUAAUGACGAACCAUUUACAAUGCCGUGGGCGUUUUCUGAAACUAGGGGUGCGUUCAGAAAUGCAUCAAGCCAAAGCAUCUGUAUCAUUUAUUUCUAAACUAUAAUGGAUGGAAAUAUCUUAUUUACGCAACUAAGUUCCAAUUAGGUUUUUAACAGUGGUUGUGCUUAUUUGACAUUUCCAUCAAUUAUAGUUUAGAAAUAAAAGAGACUGAUGCUUUGGAUUGAUGCAUUUCUGAACGCAGCCUAGCAAACUUUAAUUAACAAAUAUUGUAUAUGUAUUGCAUAUAAAAAUAUUAAUACGGAUAGGAUAUACAUACAUACAUACAUAUAUUUUUGCAAAGGAAUUUUCAUAAUGAACAUAAGAUUCAAAAUCAUGUUAAUAUACAUACAUACAUAUAUGACAUACUCAUGUUCAGCGGCACAAAUAACCAACAGAAAAAAGUUCGCUUUGACGCCAAACCAAGAAUCAUUUUCAUUAUUCUUUCUAGUUUGCUUUACUAUUAUUAUUUUUCUGAAGUAAUCGGAUAUCGAAGUACGUAAUGUAUUUAUCUGAUGACCCAUAAAUUUUGCAUUGUUAUCUAAUAUACUAUAUUUAUUAUUUAAAAUAAUCAAAUUCAAAAACUCACAUAAAAUAAUGUGGGUGUAAAUUUUUCAAUAAAGCAAUGUUCAAAAACAGCUUA